CAGUGCCGAGCCCCCUCUCUGGCUUGCUCUUUCCCAGCUGUGCAUGCUCCAGGGCUUCUCUGGUUUGGGGGAUACUUUGCCUCUGGCUUAUUUUAUGUUGCUGUCAUUAACCCUCAGCCUGUUCAUGUCUGCUUUUUCACCUUCUUGGUUGAUUGGGUUUGUUUUCCUUCCCCCACAUCUUUUAUCAUCUUGGAGAAGGUGAGACAUACCUUAUAGGCUCAGAGGAGCCGCUAAGGGGCAUGGGGAAGGGAGUACAGGCCUAGAGGAGUCUGGAAGCUUGUAUUUGCACUGAGUUCUACGAUUCCGUGUCUGUAUCCUGCUGUGGUCCUGGAAAUGAAGUCCCAGAUCCUUCUUGUCUUAUUAUUUUUAAUGUUUACUUAUUUUUGAGAGAAAGAGAGAGACAGCAUAAGUGGAGGAGGGGCAGAGAGAGAGGGAGACACAGAAUCUGAAGCAGGCUCCGGGCUCUGAUCUGUCAGCACAGAGCCCGAUGUGGGGUUUGAACUCUCGAGCUGUGAGAUCAUGACCUGAGCCGAAGCUUAACUGACUGAGCCACCCAGGUGCCCCUGCUUGUCGUUUUUUUAAACCCCCUCUGUCUCAGUAGCUGUUUCCCACUUUGGUUUUCUGUUCCCGCAAUGCAGGCUUGUGGUUGCAGGGUCCUGGACAGAGCUGACAGCAUUUCCAGAAAUGAGGAAUCAUGGAGAGAUUAGUUUCAAUGGGACAUUUGGGGGGGGUGGACAGUGUUUUUUAAACACUCCAGACUUUAGCUACAAGACCUAACGGUGUGAAAUAACCUGGUUGUUCACAGGAUUGUCGUGUGAUAUAUAUUUAAGUCCUCAGAAAAUUACUUUUGUCCUUUUCUGAACUUUCUUGUGUUUAGUGCUAGGGAUCCAUGGGAACCCAGGUUCCCUGAACAGGUUGGCAUGGCAACACCAGGUUCCGGGGUCAAAGGUCACAGCACGGACAGUAAACAUGCAAAUGAUUCAUCUUCAGCUCCCCAGGCUCUGCAGCAUUUGAUCUAAGGAGGGAGGCGCCCAAAGACCGCGCCGCUCCUGCUGCACCAACUGUUGAUGACACCGUGUCACCUGGCGGUGUCCCUUCCCCCUGUGCUAGUCCCCCCCGUGUCACUAGCAUGGCAUCAACUCAGAACCAUGAUGCAAAAAAUGAACCUUUUCUCAUGGAAGAAAGCAAAUGUCUGUCAUCUACCGAGAGCCUGCGACAGCUUUCUCAGCAGCUCAAUGGUCUUGUGUCUGAGUCUUCAUCCUACAUCAAUGGGGAGGGCCUGGCUACUUCUGCUAACAUAAAGGAUCUGGAGAGCCGGUACCAAGAGCUAUCACUAGCCCUGGACUCCAGCAAUCUAACAAACAAACAACUCAGUAGCAAGAUAGAGGAAUUGAAACAACAGCACCAGGAAACUUUGGAUCAACUGGAAAAAGAGAAGAAGGAGUUUGAGCAGAAGCUUAUGAAGGAACAGGGUUCUCUAAGGGAACAGCUACAGGUUCACAUCCAGACCAUAGGGAUUCUGGUGUCUGAGAAGACCGAUUUACAUACAGCCUUGGUCCAUACACAGCAGGCAGUCAGGCAGAAAGCAGGAGAGUCUGAAGAUCUUGCUAGUCGCCUGCAGUCUUCCCGCCAGCGCGUAGGAGAGCUGGAGCGCACGCUGUCUGCUGUGUCUACACAGCAGAAACAGGUGGACAAGCACAACAAGGACUUGACCAAAGAGCGAGAUGCCCUCAAACUGGAAUUAUACAAGAACAACAAAGACAACGAGGACCUAAAGGAGCAUAACUCGGAGCUGGAAGAGAGGCUGCGUGUCUGUAUGGAAGAGAAGGAGGCCCUGCAGCUUGGGGUGCAGGAGCUGGAGAAGAAGCUGGAGAUGUCGGAGCUCCUGCUGCAGCAGUUUGCUAGUGGGUCUAAACCCCCCGACAGCAACCAACAGUUACAGCAGGCCCUGGAAGAACGGGCACGGCUGGAGACACGUGUGGGGCAGCUGAAAGACACCCUCAAGCAUAUGCAGCUGGAGAGAGACAAGUACGUAGAGAAUCUGAAAGAGGAUAAUGCCUUUUGGCAGGAAAGGAUGAAACAGAUGUCUGAAAAGAUGCAGCAGUUGAAGGAAGAGAAGGAGCACAGCGUGAGUCAGGUGCAGGAGCUGGAGGCCAGCUUGGCUGAACUGAAGAAACAGAUAGAGGUCCCCCCAGCCCAGGAACCUCCAGCAGGGCCCUCGGAGGUGGAAGAGCGACUGCAGGCGGAGGCUGAACGACUACAGAAGGAGCUGGAGAACCUGGCAGGGCAGCUGCGGGCCCAGGUGCAGGACAACGAAGGUCUGAGCCGCCUGAACUGGGAGCAGGAGCAGCGGCUGCUGGAGCUGGAGCGGGCCGCCGAGUGCUGGGGGGAGCAGGCUGAGGAGCGCAAGCAGAUUCUGGAGACGAUGCAGAAUGACCGUACCACCAUCAGCCGUGCGCUGUCCCAGAACCGUGAGCUCAAGGAGCAGCUGGCUGAGCUGCAGAAUGGCUUCGUCAGGCUGAGCAACGAGAAUAUGGAGAUUUCCAGCGCGCUGCAGUCAGAGCAGCAUGUCAAGAAGGAGCUGGCCAAGAAGCUGGGCCAGCUGCAGGAGAGGCUGGUGGAGCUGAAGGAGACGGUGGAGCUGAAGAGCCAGGAGGCCGAGAGCCUGCAGCAGCAGCGAGACCAGUACGUGAGCCACCUGCAGCAGUACGUGGCGGCCUAUCAGCAGCACGUGGCCGCCUUUCAGCAGCUGGCCUCCGACAAGGAGAUGCUGCAGAAGCAGGUGCUGCUGCAGACGCAGCUUAUGGACCGGCUGCAGCACGAGGAAGUUCAGGGCAAGGCGGAGGCCGAGAUGGCCCGCCAAGAGUUACAGGAGACCCAGGGACGCCUGGAAGCUGCCACCCAGCAGAACCAGCAGCUCCAGGCGCAGCUGAACCUCAUGGCUAUGCCUGAGGAAGGAGACGGACUGGACGGUGAGGAGAAGGACGGGGAGGCAGCCCCGCCAAAGCUGAGCAUGCCGGAGGACCUAGAUAGCCGCGAGGCCAUGGUGGCGUUUUGUAACUCGGCCCUGGCCAGUGCCGAGGAGGAGCAGGCGCGGCUGCGCGGGCAGCUGAAGGAGCAGAGGCUGCGCUGCAAGCGCCUGGCUCGCCUGGUGGCCCCUGGGACCACCGAGGACAGCGUGCCUGGGGAGACCCACCAGGCCCUCCAGGUGGCCAUGGACAAGCUGCAGAGCCGCUUCCUGGAGCUCAUGCAGGAGAAAGUGGAUCUGAAGGAGCGGGUGGAGGACCUGGAGCAUCGCUGCAUCCAGCUUUCUGGAGAGACGGACACCAUAGGAGAGUACAUUACCCUCUACCAGAAUCAGAGGGCCAUGCUAAAGGAGCGGCACCGGGAGAAAGAGGAGUACAUUAGCCGACUGGCUCAGGAUAAAGAAGAAAUGAAGGUGAAGCUACUGGAGCUGCAGGAGCUGGUGCUCCGUCUGGUGGACGAGCGAAAUGAAUGGCAGGGCAAGUUCCUGGCCACUGCCCAGAACCCUGCUGGGGAACCCGCUACGGCACCCCCAGCCCAAGAGCUUGGCGCUGCCAGUGGCCGGGGUGAUGAUCUUCGAGAAGUGAGCCUGGCCGACGGUGACAGUGCGGAGCCUCCCCAGGGAGAGGCCCUGUCACGCCACACUGCCGCUGAGAACCCCACCGCUCAGCAGAUCAUGCAGCUGCUGUGUGAGAUCCAGAACCCCCGAGAACGCCCGGGCUUGGGCAACAACCCCUGUGUCCCCUUCUUCUACCGGGCCGAUGAAAAUGAUCAGGUGAAGAUCACGGUGGUCUAGGAGUUAACACUAGCACACAAAGCCUAGACAAUUGGGGCUGGGGGCUCUGCCCCCAGCCUGUCCCUACCACCCUAUCAUUCCUUCCCGACCACCCUUUUCUCCUUAGACUGCCAAGAUAAGACCCUCGAGAGGGGUACGAUGAACCCCCUAACGGAGGAGACAAAUACGUACAGACCCCUUGCCACCUUGGCAACGGCUGUAUCUUUAUCUCUGGGCUGUUCACAGUUCCGGAAAAACAAAGAGCCAGAGGCUCAAUAAAUAUAGUUUAUUUAGGAGGUUGCCUCUUUUGGGGAGCAGGGGCUCCCUGGUGGCCUCCUCGCCCCCAUCAGGUAGUCCUUCAUUCAGAGGGGCUCAUGCAUCCUCUCUUCAGAGGCACUUUGGGGCACAAGUGGCCCCCACACUGUCCAGUUAGAUGACUGGGCAGCACUCUCCCAGGCCUUGGGAUGUCAGGGCUAACAAGCCAAGCAAAGGCAUAAGCUGGUGGCGGGGUGGGCUCCUCCCCAGCUCCCUCCCCAGUGUACAUACUUAUCUGUGUAACAUUUUGUAUAUUCUGGGGAUAGGGCAGCCCCUGUACCAUAGCAGAGGUUUGAACUGGCAAAUGGGGAGAAACUUCUAUUAAAUAUUUGAAUAUAGGGAAACUUAUUUAUUGAUAGCAUAGGACAGAGAGGAAGGGGGUGGGGACGGGGUCCUGCAGGGGUAAUUCGACUCCUGUUUCGCUUUUUAUCUCAGAAUAAAUGGAUUUAGCCAUAC